AUGGCUGCCUGGGAGGAUUAUCUGAGGGAUAUUUACUUUAAUCCCUCGAAACCGGCAAGUCUAUCAGGACCCGACAAAGUGUAUCGAUUUGUCAAAAAGGAAGGGAAAUUCAACAUCAGUAAAUACAAGACAAGGAAAUGGCUCCAGCGACACGAGGCAUACAGCUUACAACGACCAAACAGGAAACCAGCGAACAGAAGUCACAUCAACGUCGCAGGAAUAGAUGACCAGUGGUCGGCUGACCUCAUCGACAUGGUCAAGUUUUCAAAAUACAACGACGAAUUUUCCUACGUUUUGGUUGUCAUCGAUGUGUUCUCGAAAUUUCUAUGGUUGAGAGGUGACUCAGUGGCCAUUGCAUUUAAAGAUAUAUUCACCCAAGGGAGACAUCCAAGUAGGAUCAGGACGGACAAGGGUCAAGAAUUUAGAGCAAAAGUUGUUCAGUCCCUGUUUCGCACGCGAGACAUUAGGCACAUGUAUGCACAAUCAGAGGUCAAGGCCGCCGUUAGCGAGCGCGUACUGAAAACCGUUAAGACAAAAUUGUACAGAUACUUUACGUACAAACAAUCGUAUCGUUACAUUGACCAACUGCAGAGUUUUGUGGACGGUUAUAACCAAACGAUACAUAACACCAUCGACAUUGCGCCAGCUGAUGUGACAGUGGACAACGCUGAAACUGUGAGACUGGAUACAUAUUUGUCCAGGCAUACAAAAAACACAAUUCCCAACAAGAAGAUGAGAUUCAGAUUUAACGUCGGUGACAGCGUGCGCAUUACAUAUUUGAGAAACAUAUUUACCCGCGAGUAUGAUGAAAGAUGGACUGGUGAAAUAUUUACUAUAGCAAAACGGUUCUGGAGGCAAUCUGUGCCAAUUUACCGAUUGAAAGACUACAAUGAUGUUGAAAUCACGGGUUCUUUUUAUCAAUCAGAACUGCAGAAAGUGGAUCUUAGAGACGAUGACAUGUGGAAAAUUGAAAAAGUUUUAAAAACAAGAGGUAAAGGGCGAAAUAAACAGCUGUAUGUAAAAUGGCUUCACUGGCCAAUUAAGUUUUCAUCCUGGAUAAAUGCAAAUGAUGCUGUUGAUGCAUAA